UUGUCAAAUUACGUGGCUUUCACGUAGGGAAAACAAGCGUAUGUUCUGCUUUUGAGUUAAAGUUAUAUUUUAGGGCAAAUUAUUUUCUAUUUAACAAAAUGAAAAGUUCGUGGAGAUCGCUUGGUUUCACCGUAUUAUUAGCGGCAACAAUACUGCACACAGGAAACUGUUAUACCAUCACAGUCGAUGCCCAUGCCGAGGAGUGCUUUUUCGAAAAUGUUGAGGCAGAUACUAAAAUGGGUCUGACAUUUGAAAUAGCAGAAGGUGGUUUCCUAGACAUAGACGUAACAAUCACAGGGCCUGAUGGUGCCGUGAUAUACAAGGGAGAGAGGGAAUCAUCAGGAAUGUACACAUUCUCAGCCCCCACUUCUGGCAGAUACACCUACUGCUUCAGUAAUAAGAUGUCCACCAUGACACCUAAGGUUGUGAUGUUCAACUUGGAGAUAGGAGUGGCUCCUCAAGGCCAGCCCGCCGGCAAGGAGGAGGAUGUGAACCACAACAAGCUGGAGGACAUGAUCAAGGAGCUGGCCACCACACUCAAAACUGUCAAACAUGAACAAGAGUACAUGCAGGUCCGCGACCGCAUUCACCGCGCGAUCAACGAAAGCACAAACUCCAGAGUUGUGAUGUGGUCCAUAUUCGAGGCUUCCGUCCUCCUCGUCAUGACCCUAGGACAGGUUUACUACCUCAAGAGGUUCUUUGAAGUCCAGCGCGUGGUGUAACAAGUUCACUGUUUCUACAAGUUUCUACCAAACUAUAGAAAUUUGUAGUUACAGACAGGUUCAGAAAGGAUAUAUUUCAUCUAUAAGUCAGUAUCACGCUCCAUCACAUCAAACCAGUUACAAUAAAUAUUUCAUGUUAAUUAUACUUAUUGAGAAAUAUAUCCAAUAUUUUAUUUAAGUCUCACUCCCAGAUGUUUGCUUUAUGUGUCUGUUAUUAAAAUGUGAUAUAGAUUCAUCUGUACAAAUAAUAUAUUGUCAUAUGCUGAAUAUUAUAAUGAAUUAUUGUUGUUAAUACUUUGAAUCGAAAUAAAAAUGACUAUUAGUUCGUGUCGACGGGUGCGCGAUGCGCCCACGUCCCGUUGGCGCGGACUAUGGUUGCCCCACGUAACAUUACAUGUCAUGUCCACAUAACACUCGUCACCCGUGCUCACAUACACGCGCGAUCUAUUUAUAAAGCACAUAUGAUGGGAGAGAGACUGAGAGUGGAUUCUUCGCGAUCUGAGUGUGAUUGGGUCAGUGUGCAGUGUUGUAUGUAGUUACGCAUUUGGUGACUAAAUAAAUUAAUAUUGUUUGUAAA